AUGGUGAAAUCUUUAGUGGAAGAAAUCGAUAAAAAAACUUAUAAUCCAAAUGUUUAUUUCACGUCAGCAGAUCCACAAUCCAGAUCAUCUCGUGUCAAUUCGAAACGAAAAUCAUCAUUAUCAAGCGGUGGUAGUUCCAGAUCAAUGAAAAGAGUCAACUAUUCAUUAGCUGAUAUGGAAUCCAAAUUAUAUACAAAGAAUCCAGAUGAUAACCAUUCAACAAACGAUAAUAGUAAUAGUAAUAGUAAUGAUAAACUUAACAAAGAUAUGUUAAAUAAAUUCACACAACAGGAAAUUAUUCAAUCCAAAAGAAGAUUCAUGGAAUUAGAUACUGAAAAUGUAAAAGAUUUAUUCGAAAUUCCAACAUUAUUAAGUAGUAUAACAGGGAUUAAUAAAGAUAAUAUUGGAUCUAAUUCCACUACCAUACAGAAUACAACUACCAAUGGAUCGUUAUCAAGGACAAAUAAAAAUAAGUUCGAACUACCCAAGAAUUUCCAUUUAAAUUAUAGAUCUACAAGAUUACCGAAACCUAAAAGGAAAAAUACUCAUAGAUUAGUUGCUUUGAAGAAAACAUUGACCUCAAAGAGACCAUUAAAUACUUAUUUGGAUACAUUAAACCAAGUAGAUAGGAGUAUCAUUUUAAACAAUGUUUAUAAUAAGAAAUAUUUUAAAGUUUUACCAUUGAUUACCAUUUGUUCCAUUUGUGGCGGAUAUAACAGUAUUUCCAGUUGCGUUAAAUGUUCAAAUAAAAUUUGUUCCUUAAGAUGUUACAGAUUACAUAAUGAAACAAGAUGUAUCCAUAGAUGA